AAAGGUCCAUAAAUCUAGAGCUGUGCUAUCCCUAGGUGGCUACAUUAACUUAAUUAACAUUAGAUAGGAUGAACAAUUCUAUUUUUGUCUUACCAACCACAUUUCAAGCACUCAGUAGCCACAUGUGGCUAGUGGCCUCCAUCAUGGACAAUGCAGCAGCAGAACGUUCCAUCAUCAGAGAAGGUUCUGUGUGGGACAGUAAUGGCAAUUAGGGAAGAAAAGGGCAAUACUCGGGAAGAGCACUAUGGGUGGCUGUUACAUGGCAAAGGGGCUUUUCGGGAAAUGGGCUCUUGCCCCUGUGGACAGUGUUCCCAGUUGCUCAGGGUUAGGUAACUCAGUCCAAGUUGGACAGCUUGAUUCCCGAAAGCUUGGAAUAGGCAGGUGGCUAAGAGCAUGGACUUUGCAGCCAGACUGCCUGGGUCCAGUUCCUGCCUACUGCAUUUCCUGAGCAAGCUACUUGAACUGUAUGGGUUUAUUUAGUCAAUCAGCUGGGGGUAAUGAUAUUACUGUCUCUCAGGGUAUGUGAAAUGCUUCGCAACAGUGCAUAUUAUCAUGUACACCUUAGUACUAUGAUGUGUCGACUUUAUAUGCUUAUCUUCUCCACAAUUCUUAUGAGGUAGGUUACUGUCAUUAUCCACAUUUUGUAGAUGGGAAAAUAGGCUCAGAGAGAUAACUAUCUUGCACAAGGCCACAUCGCUGUUAAGUGGCAAAGAAGGGAUUUAAACAUUGCCCUAUCCUGCCUGCCAGAGGGGAUAAGCCAGGAGUCCCUGUGGAGGAGUGGGGGAGUGGUCAGAAGAGGCAGCUCAGAGGAGAGGCUCCCCCUCUUCCUGGGUCUCUCCCAGUUCCUCUCCCCUGUAUUUCCAGGAACCCUGAACUCCAAGAGAAGUACCGUGUGGGGCUGAACCGAAUUGCUGCCCAGGAGGUACCCAUUGAGAUCAAGAUGGUAAACCCACCCACCCUGAGCCAGCUGCAGAACAUGGAGCCCAAACAGAUGUUCUGGGUGCGAGCCCGGGGCUAUAUUGGGGAGGGCGACAUCAAGAUGCAUUGCUGCGUGGCUGCCUACAUCUCGGACUAUGCCUUCCUGGGCAUAGCACUGCUGCCCCAUCAGUGGCAGCACCAGGUGCGCUUCAUGGUCUCCCUGGACCAUUCCAUGUGGUUCCAUGCCCCUUUCCGAGCCGACCACUGGAUGCUGUAUGAGUGCGAGAGCCCCUGGGCUGGUGGCUGCCGGGGGCUGGUCCACGGGCGGCUGUGGCGUCAGGACGGGGUCCUGGCCGUGACCUGUGCUCAGGAGGGCGUGAUCCGAGUGAAGCCCCAGGCCUCAAACAACAAGCUGUAGCCAGAGGUACGAGCUUGGCCUGGGACUUCAGGGAUCCCCCUUCCUCCCCCAACUCCUGAGGCAGGAGUUAUAAUCAAGGCUGGGCCUUCUGUUCCUCAUAUCCAAUAAAGAGACUGAUAGCGCUGGA